AUGCAAAGCGAACAGAUGAGCUACAGAGAAGUUACCCGUGCAAUCAAGGUAUCGAUGGGUACCCAUGGAGUAAGGGGAUUAUACCUCGGAUGGGCUCCAACCAUCCUCCGUGAUGUUCCAUUUUCCGCCAUUUACUGGUCGGUAGUGGAGCUUCUGCGAAGUCGCUUGAUCCGGUGGAGCGGACGCGAAGAAACCCACAUAUGCCUAAGCGCGACUGCAGGUGCUGUUGGUGGUAUAGUUGCUGCACUCUGUACCGGCCCAUUUGACGUUGUGAAGACUCGAAGACAGAUCUUGCUCGGGCAGGCACUUUCAACGGGGAAGGCAUCACCCCAGGCCAGUGUCAUUGAUGUAAUGCGCGAUGUGGUUUCAAAGGGCGGAUACCGUGCAUUGUGGUCAGGUUCAACUCCGCGCAUCGCUAAGGUUGCUAUGGCGUGCGCCAUCAUGCUGGGCUCCAACUACUUGCAGCGUCAUGAAGCGAAGCUCAACGAUCGCAUAGCCCAACUCACAGAAGAACUCGCGAAAGCCAGACGGGAAAUUGUGAAACUCGGCGGAAAUGUCGAUGCCCCUGCUGCUGCUCGCAAGAAGCGAUCUGCGAUCCGCAGCAUUAACGGAAGAUUUAUCCGGAGGACAAAGCAACAAGACGUAGCUCGGCGUGACGAUUCUGAAGAGGAAGAUGGCGUACCUGAUGACGAGUCCGCUAGCGUAUGUAGUAAUUCGACCGAUACCCGGAGCACCGAGUCAACAGGGCCCGCAGAGAAGAUGGCACGAACAACGUUCAAGCCCUUUUACCACCAAGGCAAAAUUGCCGACGGUGUGGAAUUAGUGGUGGCGCCGGCUGAAGGAAAGGGUGAAGGUGUGUUCACGAAGAAGGCCCUUAAAAAGGGUGAAUUCAUCGGGGAUUAUGGAGGAUUCGUCUCGCUUACAAGCGCAUCCCAGGCAAUGGAUUCUGACUAUCUCUACAUGACCACAUUUGGUCCUGAAGGUCAUCCCGUCAUCAUUGAUGCUGCUCCACCGCACGGAAAUGUUUUCGCAAAACUUAACCAUUCUUGUCGACCCAAUCUUGUUCCGAAAGAACUGCCAAAACCAGAACCAUCCGGCAUUUUUGCUGUUGGCUUCACAACUCGCCGCUACGUCGCCCCGGAAGAAGAAUUGACAGUGGAUUACACGAGAACGUGGUGGAAGGCGAGGCCGGAAAAGGUGUGCAUGUGCGAGGAGGUCAACUGCAAGUGGACGGACCCAAGGAAGGAGGAGGAC